UUGCAAAAAGAUAAACCCGUCAGCCCCUGCUCCGCGGUGUCUGAAGAGGAUGCAUUCAUUUUGCAUUAGGUUUUUUACGUGGCAGUCGAAAAAGCAACAGUAUUGUUGUGAGCUGCGAGCAACAUGAUGACCUGGAUCGAGAGCGAGGUAUUAUGGGAGUGGAAGGAGGUUUGCCGUUUUCGGCGAUGUAAUGGCACCGUGACUGAUCAAAACUGCACUUUGAAAAGAUGGCUUCCUGUAAAUGUAUUAACACUUCUAAAGCAUUCAGGCAACUGAUCAGCAGCUUUCGUUCCCGAGUCUGCAGUCGCCAGAUUUAUUACCCAGCAGUUCACAGGGUGGCCUCUUAUUCAGUGUCUGUUGGAGAACUUACAAACAGGUCAGCUGUUGUAGCAUCGUCUAUUACAAACUCUUGGAUAAGGAAAAUAACAACUUCAUCAAUACUUGCUGCUGACUUUGAAAUAGUUCACACACCUCCAUUUGCUGAAUCAAUCACAGAAGGAGAUGUCAGGUGGGAUAAAGGUGUUGGCGAUAUAGUUGCUGAAGAUGAGGUGGUCGGAGAAAUCGAAACUGACAAGACUAGCAUACCAGUCACUGCUUCUGCCGCUGGGGUCAUUGUAGAACUCUUCGUUGAGGAUGGCGAAAAAGUAGAAAAGGGAGACAAACUUUUCAAAAUCCAAGUGGGAGCAACGGAUGGAGCUGCUGCCCCAAAACCAAAGGAUGUUGUUGCAGAAGAAGUUCCACCCCCACCUGCAGUUGCAGAAAAAGUUCCUGACCCGGUUACACCAGCUCCUCCAUCAACUCCGCCACCAGUUGCUGAAAAGGCUGGUGGUCCUAUCAUGGUAACGAGACCAUCUCCUCCUCCACCACCUCCAGCAAGUCAACAGCCUGCUCAAGCUAUCAUGCAAAGCGAGGCCAAGGAAGCACCAACAUCACUUGGUGGGUCUCGCAAAGAAACCAGAGUUAAAAUGUCAAGAAUGCGUCUGCGAAUCUCUCAGCGAUUGAAGGAUGCCCAGAAUGUAAACGCGAUGCUGACAACAUUCAAUGAAGUAGACAUGAGUAAUAUCAUGGACAUGCGAUCAAAACACAAAGAUGCCUUCUUAAAAUCGCACGGCCUCAAACUUGGAUUCAUGUCCGCGUUCACAAAAGCAGCUUGUUACGCGCUGCAGUCAAUGCCAGUGGUAAAUGCUGUGAUUGAAGAAGGGCACAUUGUUUAUCGCGAUUAUGUCGACAUCAGUGUUGCUGUAGCCACUACAAAGGGACUUGUAGUACCAGUUUUGAGAGACGACAACAUGAAUUACCUUGAUAUAGAAAAAGGUAUCAACGAGCUUGGCGAGAAGGCACGAACUGGCGAUCUUGCUAUUGAAGAUAUGGACGGAGGCACGUUCACGAUCUCAAACGGCGGUGUGUUUGGAUCAUUAAUGGGAACGCCAAUUAUAAACCCGCCACAGUCAGCUAUUCUUGGAUUGCAUGCUAUAAACGAUAAACCCGUUGCUGUUAAUGGCCAGGUUGUUAUUCGGCCUAUGAUGUAUCUGGCAUUGACGUAUGAUCAUAGAUUGAUCGAUGGAAGAGAGGCUGUGACUUUCCUUAAAAAAAUUAAAUCUGCCGUUGAAGAUCCGCGAAUUAUUUUACUUAAUUUAUGAUUGGUUUUAAAUGUUGAUGUUUAGUUCGUCGUUUUAUUGUUUUGAUGGCAUGUUAGUAUUAUCCUGGCAGUAGUUGAGCGUGUUCUGUGGUAACAACAAAGUGAAAUAAUUAUAGAUGUUCCUUAUACCAAAACAUAUGUCA